UAUGGCGGCCGGGAAGGACAUUCAUUCUGAGGACAUUGUCCGUCUUUUGAGAACUAAAGACGGUUCGAGCAAAAUCGGUCUCGUUUUAAGAACUGGUAAUAAUAUCUCGGACUCAGAAGAGAGUUCCGAAUCGUCUGAAGAAGACGUUAAAGUUAAAAAUGGCGAGAUAUUAGUGUGUUGGUAUCCAAACGGUAAUGAAGAAGUAAUCAAUGAAUCAAAGAUUGAAUUAGUCGAUCGAAGCCUUCAGCCUAGCGACGUUGUUCGCCACACGACAGAGCAGAAUUUGAAGGGAUAUGUCAAGGAUAUCCAUAUCGCAGCAGAUAUCUGCAUUCUUGGAACAGACAAAAUUAUUCGAAAUGUUGACUGUAGAAAAUACAUCUUCCCACUUCAGCCAAUGUCUGAAUGGACUCGCAUUUCCCUCGGGCCAUGGAUUGGGUAUGUCCGUAAAGCUUACAGUCGUAUUGUGUUAUGGCUAAAAAAUGGAUCAAGAUGUUCAAUUGAAGGCGAUGCACUUGACUUCUUUUCUGAUGCGCUGGACAAAAGGGAUGAAGAUUGCCCAUUUUAUAACCCUGCAUUUUAUCCCAGCCAGUCUGUGGUUGGUCCAGCUCAGGCAUUCAACAAUGCAAAGUGGCUGACUAAAAUUAAACCAAUUCUUUCUGAUCAGAAUAAGAUCAAGGCUGUUGUUGAGGAGGCUAAAGUAGUGAAACUUGAAGUCUACUGGCAAUCAUAUGGUUCCCUUCCUCCUGGUGGAAAGAAAGAAGAUUACAACAAACCGCCCGAAAAUAUCAUCACUGAAGAGAAAAUUAACAAGAUCAAAGUGUUUCCCCAACACUGGCGUCAAGUGCAGGUUGGCGAUAAAUGUUUUUAUGUUGUCAAAGAACAAGACGUUGAGGAAGAUGCAAUCGAAACUGGUUCGCUGGAUGUGACCUCAGCAGGACAGCACAAACAAGAUGUGUCGUCUGAGCAAGGGGUUGAUAGUCACGGUAACGCCAAAGAAACGGACGGUCUUGGUAUUUCGGAGGAAGCUUGCAAUAAGAUGACAUCUUGUGAACGAAUUGAAAAUGAUGUGUCGAAACAAAACUCGGAGACAUCACUUAAUCAAGUUACCAUAUCUUUGACCUCUGUCAUAUCAGACCAGCCAUCAACGACUUCAUUGGAUGAAGACAAUACAAAGAAAUCCUCGACACCGAACGACUCUGAAAGCGACGAGGGUGACGUGGAGUCUGACGGCCAGGAUCAACCAAAACUAAAAACGUCGAAACAGGAUCUCUCGUCCAAACCAUCGACGAGGCGACGACGCAAGCGAUUCAAACAUAAGCGAAAACAGCAGUCGAACAGUUUGAAAGUCAAGCCCGGAGACAGAGUUUGUGUUGAGGUGAUAAACACGAAAACAAGAGCUGAUGUCAUGUGGCAAGAUGGGAGAGUGGAAACUAAUAUUGAUACUUUCGAUCUGAAUGCAAUCUAUCAUAUCGAUGAUCAUCAAUUCUUUCCUGGUUAUAUCGUGAACGAUAAGAGAGCUUUCAUAAAUAGCUCGGGUCCAGUAAAGUUCGAGAAAUACGGUGUGAUACGAAGCUCCUCCGAUGUUGACCGAACAUGCGCUGUGAGGUGGUUCUCGACGAGUGGAGAGGAUCGUGGGAUUGAGAGUGACGUCAGCGUGUAUGACUUGGCUGAGAAUGUCGAUAUGGUUUUCAAUCCGGGUGAUUUAGUGAUCGAAUUGGAUCAUGGGAAGCAAGGGGAUAGCAAGGGUCGUGGGGUGGCAGGACAGGUGAUAUGUGUGGACUUAGAUGGAUACGUGGUAGUAGAUUGGGCUGGGGAGGGGAACACUCGUCCCAUCAGACAUUGUCCACAUGAACUGUACAAAGUCGAGAGUGAGGACGAAGAAAGCCAAUCAGAAAGCGACUCUAGUGGCGAGAAUUCUGGGAGCGAGGCUUGGGAGACGGCCAGUGAAGAUGGUCAUUAUCCUGCGGAAGGCUUGGGUGAAAAUGAUGAAAAUGGUCCGCCUGUUUUAAUUUCAAGUGCCGCGCCAUCAGAAGAUCAAAAUGAAGAACCAACCAGUCCGACCAUUAGUAACGUCGAUAUCGAAGCUUUAAAUAAUGCCAAUAAUAUUGAAAACCAAGUUGAUUCGGUUGAAAGUGAAACAGAAGAAGCGUUCUUGAUGUUGAACUCGACCCAUGAGGGCCACCAUUAUUAUGCCGACCAUUUCGUGAAAAACUUCACCCCAGAUAAACCAAGAAAGUUUAUGUCCGUCGUUCGCAAAGAAAUGUUGUUAUUGAAAUCUUCUUUACCGGCCGGAAUCAUGAUUCGAGGUUUUGAGGAUGCGAUGGGUCUUUUUACCGUCCUUAUCUUUGGACCCAAAGACACUCCCUACGAGGGUGGUGUAUUCCUCUUCGAUAUCAAACUACCAUCCGACUACCCUGCCUCCCCUCCCAUGGUGUUCUUUGUUUCCAUGACGACCAGCGUGCUGAAUCCCAAUCUUUAUGUUGACGGUACGGUGUGUACCAGUCUCCUGGGCACGUGGUCGGGCAAAAACACGGAGAGUUGGACCGAGAAAUCAAACCUACUGCAAGUUCUCUUGUCAAUCCAAGCCUUGAUUCUGUGUAAAGAACCUUACUACAACGAGGCUGGUUACGAGAAGCGAAGAGGAACAAAGGAAGGCAUCGAAAAUUCCCGCCUUUACAACGAGAUGGCAAUACUUCAUCUUAUAUCGUCCAUGGCGGUCACCGUCAAAUUAAAACAUCCCGUUUUUGGCGAGGAAAUAAAGAAACACUUUCAGAAGAACGGUCAAAGAAUCAUUGAAAGAUAUAAAAGUUGGCUGUCAAAUUCACAUGAAUAUCCCGAAAGCUCAAAGCCGAAGGCAGAGCUGGUAGGCACCUCAACACUUCUGGAAAACGACUGCGACGUUUCGCCAGAAAUGUCAUUGCAGAAAACAGAACAAUUUAAAACACCUGAAUUUCCGCUCUUCCCACUGUCCAAAGGAUUUUGUAAAUGCUUAGAAAGGAAUAUUGAUGCUUUUAGCAAGGCUUUAACGGACGGGCCGGGGCGGGACUUGACUGGAGAAAACAGUUAAUAUAUAGAUGAUAAAAUGAUAUGGAAAACUAUCGGCUAAAUUUUCCUUUAAAGUUCUGUUCGUGUUACGACCAUUCUGAGGAAAAAUGACAAAAUCAACUUUUGACAUCAACGAAUAUUCUAAAAAAUAUUAUUUUACUAACUAAAGAAUACCUUUUAGGCAAGUUAUAAGUGCGAAUUAAUAGGAGUUAUGUCCUUUUCAUAUUAUUUAAAAAGUAGAAACGCUUGACUAAAGUUAAUUCAAGUGCAUUUACAAUUUCAUUUUUACACGAAUUUUUUGGAUCGAUUCUGGUGUACGUUGAUGUUAUAUGGAAUUUAGUGAAGCAUACGUCAGCAUGACGACAUCAUCUACUAACCAACAUUCUUCAUUAACAUCCAGCGAGAGCCAAAAUCGCCCCGAUAAUUCGUGUGCAUAUGAAAACCUACCUUGAGAACAAAACCACCCUUCACUACAAAAAAUAUCAAUUACAUCUUAUAAACAAAACCUUUUUCUACUAAAAUAUGAACAGACCUUAUAGAUAACAUUAUUUAUAUAGUGAGAAAUCAAACAAGAUUCUCAAUAUUAUCUUUAAUUGUAAUGGUUGUGAGUUUGAAAGAAAGUUGUGCAAUAUUUGUACACUUCAUUAUUUAUCUAUUAAUUAUAUAACUUAAUGUUAUUUUUUCAUGGUCUUUUAUUUUCAAUUCAAAGCAGUUAAACUUGCUAGUCACUAUGAUCUUAGGGGGCUGGUGCCAGAAAGAUUUUACCCAAAAAUUAAAUUAAACUAAAUUUUUAGUGAAACUAGAAAUAGUUGGUUAUCAACUGUAUGCUAAAAUCUAAG